AUGUCGCAGUUCACCAAACUUCAGUACAUGAAGAAGGCCGAGCUCAUGAACCUGGCUCAGUCUCUGGACCUGGCUGAUGAGGGCACCAAAAACGACCUGGAGGAUCGUAUCACGCGGGCUCUUUCUGCCCGACGGCUCGAGCUCGAGGCCACUGAUGAGUUCAACUUCCUCUACACCUCUAGUCCGCGAAAACGGAUUGCCCGAGCCCCUCGAGUGCCUGCAGCUGUGCAGCCCGACGUCAAGGUGAGCAGUCUGGACGCUGACGAUGAGGACGACGAUGAGGAUGAUGACGACGAGGACGACGAGGACGAAGAGGACGACGAAGAGGAGGAGGACAGCGAGCCCACUGAGACCCUGGCCGAGCAUUGGGCCCGAUGGAAGGAGGUGGUUGGUGGCCACGUUGAGGACCUGUACCGAGAGGUCGAGUUCCAGGUCGAGGAGGCCGUGUCGUUUGUGCGAUACCAGCUGUCCACUGUCGAGUCCGCCACCAUCUUUGCUCUGCUCAUUGAGCUUUACUACCUAUUUGUGCAGCUCAUCCCCUUCCAGCUGGGUCUCCGAUGGGGCCGAAUCCCCACCCGAGUGGGCCACUCCCUCAUCCAGCACCUUGAGGAUGGCGGUCACCACGUUGUCAAGGCCGGAUGGUUCGACCUCAACGACUGGUUCCCCCUGCACGUGGUCCAGACCCCCGACUUUUCCGUUCUGCUCCAAUGCAAGACCUGGUCCACUCUGGUAUUCUGGGCCGUCGGAGCCAUCGCUCUGCCCGCUACUGUGGCCUACUUUGUCAACUUCACCGCCACAAAGAAGAAGACUCCCGCCAAGACCCACCAGGCCAUUGUCUACCUGCGACAGAUUGACCCCUUUGUCUUUAACCUGGUGCGAAUCAUCAACUACUACAUUCUGACCCGGGGUCUGUUGACCGUCUUCCCCUUUGUGGCCUCCUGGACCUGGGGUCUGCUGCGGGCCAACCGACAGGCCAUUGUCCUGAACGCUGCCUACGGCGACCUGCCUCUUUUCAGCGGCGCCGCUCUGGUUCUUCUUGCCAUCUACGCUCAGAUCUAA